AUGGAACUUGUCAUAAAACUUAUGACUGGAGAGUCAAAGCCGUUGUCUGUUCUCCCAAACACUUCGGUCGGUCAGCUAAAGAGCCUCAUCCAGCAACACGUUAUUAACGAGCCGCCAUCGAGACAAAAGCUUUCUAUCAAAAACGGACAAACCAUAAUUCUCGACAACGACUGUAAAUCUGUGAGUGAGUACGGUCUGACGUCUGGAAGUGUUGUGAUUCUCUUGAUUUUGAGCAAUCCUGCGCCCGUUCAGGUGUUCCUCAAGAACUUGACUGGAAAACAACAGACGUAUGACAUCUCUCCUGGUGAGACGGUAUCUCAGUUUAAACAGAAGGUCUACAACAAAGAGAGAGUUCCAGUGGACCAGCAGAGGCUGGUUUAUGGUGGCAAGCAGCUUGAGGAUGGUGGGAAACUGGAAGACUACAACAUCGGAGCUGGAUGUACCAUCCACAUGACGCUGCGACUCAGAGGUGGAUGUUGCGUGUUCCUAAGGAACGAGAAGGGACAGACAAAAACCUACGAGAUCGUCGCUGGAGAGACCGUAAAUGAAUUCAAAGCUAAGGUCGCCAAAAGGGAGGGAGUGAGCGUGGACCAGCAGAGGCUGAUUUACGAGGGCAAACAACUAGAGGAUGGCAGAAAACUGGAAGACUACAACAUCCAAGCCGGAAGCACCAUCUACCUGACUCUGCGGCUCAGAGGAGGUUGAUUCAAGCGAGAGACGCCUGUCACGCUGUCUUCGUUUAAUAUUUAAUAUAUACAUAUAUUUUUUUACUAAUUUAAUGAAAUAUGCUACAUUUAAAUUAUAAUGUUAUAUAGCUAUAAUAGCUGUUAUCAAUGUUCACCCUUGCAGCAGGGCAGGAGGCAUACUGAAUUUAGCUCACAGAAUGAAAACAGCUGUAUAUCUGUAACCAUUGUGACCAGAUGUGAGAGGCUGUAAUCCCUGUGUGGUGUGAAUGAACAAUAAUAAUAAUAAUAAGCAUAUUACACUGUGUCAACACAACUGGUAUUGAUCCAUUCCUUUUAACUUAGUACUUUUGGAAUAUAGAUACCAGCACCCAACUAGGGGUAAGCAAAGAUAACACAGAGGGACAGUGAGCCACCAUCCGGCUGUUUAUUAUGUAUGUUGUGAGUUGGGUAUGUUUUUGUAUGUGAAAAAACCCUUGCAAAAACAAGGUACAAUAAAUCACUUUAAAAGUG